AUGAAUCGCGUCCCUGAACAAGAUGCGCGAUACACGGUCGAGCGUGAGGCCAGAGAGUUCCAGCUCUCCGAUCAGCACAUGAUCUCUGGCAAUUGCGUUGAUGCGUUCCUGAGAGAAAACCCUCAUCGGUCACACCAUAGCGCAAUCUUCGCACACUUGCCAGCCAAUGCCAAAAGCCCGGCAACUCGUAGAUUGAGUAACUUUAGGAAGAAGGAGAAGGAUGAGCCCUAA